CGAAGGCACAUGCUCUGGGCUAUAAAUCAGGGCACUCGCUCUCUUGUGGAUUGAGCAAUGUCUUGUCGGACAUUCGUCAACGCAAACAUCUCAUAUUCAAAGAUUUGUGGUCCGAGACAAAUAAUUUUCAGCAUCUCUUGACACUCCUCAACAAUCAACAUGCAUCUUGGCACUCUGGUCAGCUCAUCCAUCAGCGGGGGGCCUGCUGCGCCCGAGAACUUCCAUGCUGUCACCAGGCUUGGUGACACCGUGAACAUCGAUGACAAGACUGUCGCCGACAAGGCUGUUGAAGAUAGCAAGACAACCCCAUCUCUGUGGUUUGUCAACUUUCCCACCAAAGAUGCGGCCACGGCUGGUUCAAAGCAGUUGGCUGCUUACAUGCAGAACGUUAUUGACUACCGCUGCUGGGCCAGCGGCCGGUGGUGGAGAACGGUCUACGCCAACAACAAGGUUCCUCAGGACGGCAGCAAGGCUUCCACUGAUGCGCGCAGCGCGUACUGCGCUAAGGUCGCGAUUACGGACAUGAAAACCACACCCUGGCUUGCCAUGGACGUAGACCAUAAUGUCAGCAAGCAAAUCCGGGCCUAUUCCCGGCAAUUUCACACUGAGUUGGUCACCAACGUCUUGAAGGGGUUUAUCGACGUUACCCCCAACAUCCUAAAGACCCUAGAGGCCAUUCUCCAAUCCAUAUCCUCCACUGUCGAGAACAGUGCAGGCACCAAGGAUACCAAAACGAUUGUCUGUGAGAAAUACGAGUACCUCCCGGAGGCCGACGUCAUUGCCUCGUAUGUUCGGGUGAUCUCAUUCAGCGUCAGUCAAGACAUGCGCAACGUGGUGAACGCCAAGAAAACGGAACAGGAGGUCACAUGUGACAUCGAGUACAACGAGUACAGUGCUCGAUUUAAUCAGAAGGAGUGGGCAGUUGCUGCAGAGGACAUCGACGCCUCUCAGAAAAAGGCGACCCAAGAUUUCGUCAAGAAGCAGACUGUCGAUUGUGACCCCUAGGUGGCCCGUGAUGAAGGAUUAAUCAAGUGCUUGUUGCAGGUCGAGAGUUGGCAACCAAAAGUGUGGACUAUUCACCAAGCCACUACAUAGGACGAAGGCAAGACAGGCAUUAAAAUGAAGAAGAGAGAAAGAGAGACAAAAAAGCAGUAGGAAAGAAAGGCAUGAGAAAGAUAGUGUCGAACAAGUAUUUAGUCGCUCGUUAACAAAAGUGUUUUUUGAGAAGAAAGAAUGAUAUG